AUGUCUUACCACACUCGCUCAAACAGCGGCCCCUUAGGUCCACACCCCAUCAUUCAAGAGGUUGAUGAACAUUUGUGCAGAUUGAGGUCUUCAGAAGCCACAUCCACAUCAUCAUCAUCAAUAAGCCACAAACUAAGUGCUCUCCAAGACUUGCAUGAGUGUGUUGAUAGGUUGGUUCAAUUACCACUCACCCAACAAGCCUUGGCACAAGAGAAGCAUCAGAAGUGGACUAAUGAGCUAUUAGAUGGAUCUCUUAGGCUCUUAGAUAUUUGUGGCAUUGCCAAGGAUUCACUGUUUCAAACCAAAGGAUCCAUUCAAGACCUUCAAUCAAUCAUUCGACGGAGGCAUGGAGAUGAAUCAGCAGUACUCACAAGCGAGGCUAGGAAAUACUUAACCUCAAGGAAGAUGGUGAAGAAAACAAUCCGAAAGGCUUCGGCAAAUCUUAAGGCAAACAGAUCUACUUUUUCUUCGCUUGAAAACAACCAAAAAACCAUCACUAUUGCUAGCAAGCUUAGAGAUGUUGAAGCAAUCACUCUGACAGUGUUUGAAUCAGUGCUCUCCUUCAUUUAUGGACCAAAGUCAAAGCCUAGCAGCUGGUCUUUCGUUUCCAGCAUUGUGCAUUCUAAGCGAAUAGUUUGUGAAGAAGCAGAAGUAAAUGAAUUUGCAGAGGUGGAUGCUGCUUUUAAGUCUCUAAAGAGUGUACAUGUACAGAACCAGCUUAGCAAUCUGGAGUCAUGCAUUGAAGACCAAGAAGAAGGACUCGAGUCCCUAUUUAGGCAAUUGAUCAAAAAUAGAGUCUCUCUUCUCAACAUUCUCAACCACUAG